AUGGAUUGCUCAUCAAACCCUACCAUCACCGACGAGGAAUUCGAUCGAUUCCUCGACGCACCUGACGAAUUUUACUACGAUUGCUUCCCGAUCCGUUCCCGUUCCCACCGCCAGCAUUCGGCUAAUCCCUCCGCCGCGAGUCUCCGGCGGCGAAAGUCGGCACCUAUCCGGAAUUUGAUUUCUUCCGAUGUAGAUUCGGAGCCGUCUUCUUCCUCUUCCAAUGGAUUUCAAAUCAAUGGGAAGCCGAGCUCUGUGGAAAAGGGGGAUUUCGAGACAAGCGAGGAUGUUAGCGACCUAAUCGAAUCAACAAUGGACCUAAUUGACAUUUCUCCGGAAAAAGAGAACGACUUGGUGGUGAUUACGGAAGUAACCGAUUCGGGUCGGGACCGGGUUGACCCGUUUCAGGAAGGGAAUUGCAUGAGCGAAGAUCAAACCGGAGAAUCAACGGUGAGCGAUGAUGAAGAAGACGACUAUUCCGGAUCGGAACCACCGCCGCGCCCAGAACCUAACUCAGCAGAUUCGUCUCUCCUUCUGUCUUUGGCUGGGCUAGUGUUCAAAGCAAUCGAAUUUCAAGUCAAUUUGAUGAUCGGCUUUGUAAAAUAUCCUCCAUUGUUGCUCAGCUGGUGCUUUCGCUUCUUCUUCGAUCCCUUUUUCACAAUUAAGCUUAUCAGACGCAUUUUAACGAAGAGGGUUUCUCUGGUAAGUGAUAUGAUAUUCAGGUUGUGUCCUUCUUUAGCUUCGGCCUCAAGGAACUUCUCCAGUUCAUUGCUAAUGAGCUUCAAAUCACUCUCUGUCACAUCUGCAUCGUAUGUUUCCGGGCUCCCAAAUGACAUGCCAAAUGUCGGUGUUGCUGAUCCAUCCGGAAGUGUUUCUAUACCAAGGGUUCCAAUGGCAAGAAAUCCAUGA